AUGUCCGACCAUUCAGCUGUUUUAGAAGAAAUUAGAAAGAAUAUUCAAAGCCUUCAUGAAAAGUUUGAAGCUCUUGAAAAGAAGGUAGUUGCCGGUCCUCCUAAGCAAAACCUUCGUAUGGUUAUUAUGGGUCCUCCUGGUGCUGGUAAGGGCACUCAAGCUCCUGCUAUCAAGGAAAAAUUCUGUGCCUGUCACUUGGCUACCGGCGAUAUGCUCAGAGCUGCUGUUGCUUCCAAGUCUCCUCUUGGUUUAGCCGCCAAAAAGAUCAUGGAUGAAGGUGGUCUUGUUUCUGAUGAAAUUGUGGUUGGUAUGAUCAAGGAAAACUUGGACAACAACCCUGAAUGUAAGAAUGGUUUCAUUCUUGAUGGUUUCCCUCGUACCGUUGUUCAAGCUGAAAAGUUGGAUGAAAUGCUUGAUGAAAAGAAACAACCUUUAAACUCUGUUGUUGAAUUGGUGAUUGAUGACAAUCUUCUUGUCUCUCGUAUCACCGGUCGUUUGAUUCACCCUGCUUCUGGUAGAACUUAUCACAAAGAAUUCAACCCUCCUAAGGUCUCAAUGAAGGAUGAUGUUACUGGUGAACCUCUUAUUCAACGUUCUGAUGAUAAUGUCGAAUCUUUAAAGAAGCGUUUGGAUGCUUUCCAUAAGCAAACUGUUCCCGUUGUCGACUACUACAAGAAGAAGAACAUUUGGUACGGUGUUGAUGCUUCUCAAUCCCCCAAGGCUGUCUGGGCUUCUCUUGGUGCUAUCUUUGAUAAGACUCUUUAG